AUCUGCUGUCGGCUGAACGAGAAGAGUGAGUCCUCCACCCUCCAUGCACAAGGUCGCGCUCCCCAUCCUCCACCAACAUCCGAGCACCUAAGUAUCUUAUAACCCGAAUAACCUUCGCUUGGUACGUAUCAAUCCUAGUAAAUGAAUACAAGUCGGUUAAUAGGGUAAUCUUUUGUCCGUCGUUUCUUUAAUGGCGUCUGAAAUCCGUCUUAACGCGUCUUCUCUGGCACACCGGAGGCAUGGCGGCGCACUAAUGCUGCAUCCUGAAUCCAACGCAUCCUCCAGCCGAAACACGCAUGGCUAAGGUCUGUCUGUGCAGUAAUGCCCUUUAAUGGGCUUCCUCUUAUUUCAUUUGUACCAGUUAUUCGUUUGGAGAUGAACUGGUAAAUCAAGAUCAGGCGAAGAUCUGACACUGCUGGAGGGCGGCACGCGACGCAAAAGGAAGCAUAUAACCUUUUUUAAUUUAUUAAUAAGGAACCGGGUGGCAUUUACAAGAAACACUUAAGCACUUCGGAUUUUUUGUUUAUUUUUUAUACAUUUUUUGUGUGUGAUCUGUAAUCGGUGCUCCCCGGCGCAUCCCUGCAUCAUGUCCCCGCCAGGUUCGGCUGCGACAGGCAGUGAGAGCAGCACUGCGACCGCGAUAGAGGAGGAGGCAGACAGCCCGAGAGAGGAGCAAAGGCCUUUGAAACAGUCACUGAGCAAGUCCCUGUGCAGAGAAGUGUUCUGGAAAUGCCUCUUGCUGUCCAUGCUCAUGUACGGGUGCAUGGGAGCUAUGGUGUGGUGCCAUGUUACCAAGGUGACUCGGCUAAGCUUCGACAGUGCCUACAAAGGAAAGUCCAUGAUAUACCAUGACAGUCCAUGCUCUGAUGGUUACAUUUACAUCCCUUUAGCAUUCCUUGUCAUGCUCUAUGUGGUUUACUUGGUGGAGUGUUGGCACUGCCAUGCACGUAACGAGCUGCAGUACAAAGUGGACGCAGAAGGUAUCUAUGAAAGGGUGCAGAAAAUGCAACAGGCCAAGCCUUGUAUUUGGUGGAAAGCCAUCAGCUACCAUUAUGUCCGGCGAACAAGACAAGUAACGCGCUACCGCAACGGCGAUGCCUACACCACCACUCAAGUGUAUCAUGAGAGGGUGAACACCCAUGUGGCUGAAGCAGAAUUUGACUAUGUUCAUUGCGGGGUAAAGGAUGUUUCCAAGCAUUUAGUUGGCCUGGAUAAAUCACCUAUCACCAAAUUAAGGUUCACUAAGUGCUUUAGCUUUGCUAAUGUGGAGUCUGAGAACUCCUAUCUUACUCAGCGGGCCAGAUUCUUUACUGACAAUGAAGGUCUUGAUGAUUACAUGGAGGCCCGGGAAGGAAUGCACCUGAAGAAUGUAGACUUCAAAGAGUAUAUGAUUGCCUUCUCAAAUCCAGACAACCACCCCUGGUACAUCUCUAACUAUGUCUUCUGGACAGCUGCCUUCCUCACAUUCUCUUGGCCUUUGAGGGUGCUAACAGAGUACCGCACAGCUUACGUUCACUACCGAGUGGAAAAGCUCUUUGGAACAGAGUACAUCCCAAUGACACCAUGUGAAGAGCAUCCAUACUGCAGGCACAUUCCUAGGGUCAAUACCAUUGACAGCACUGAGCUAGAAUGGCACAUCCGCUCCAACCAACAGCUUGUGCCCAGUUACUCAGAGGCGGGUCUGAUGGAUCUAGCCCAGCGCCCAGGAGGUUUUAGGCAGAACUGUGAACGAUGCCACCGAGCCAUCAGCAGCUCUUCAGUCUUCUCUCGUAGUGCUCUGAGCAUCUGCAAUGCAAGCCCUCGCCUUCCGUUUAGCAGCAGCCGUUUCUCACUCGGUCGUCUGUAUGGCUCACGCCGCAGCUGCUUCUGGAGGAGCGGCAGUCUGGAUGAACCCGAGAGUCCCAGUGAGAACACGCGCUGUCUUUCUGGACACAUAACCACAACUGAGGAUGACCCUCCAGCCUACCAAGAUGCUCUCUACUUCCCAGUUCUCAUUGUCCACUGCAGUGAGAGCUGCCCCAAUCACAGAUCUUUCCACAGAAACAGCUCAUGUGUAGAGACCUCCUUAUGAGGCACACUGAUGCACCAUUGAGGGAUAUUAAUAAUGGAUAGAACAAAUAGAUAUGAACGAACCAACACUAAACUCAAAAUUGACCUGUCACUCAGGAAUCAGUGUCCAUGACCCAACAUUUACAGGCCAGAGGCUGUUUUGGGAUUGGUGCAUUGUUAUAAGACAGACUUUGUGUUUAUGUUGAACUAAGAAUGUCCACAGCACUAUAUUUACCAAAAUGUAAUCAAAUAUUCGGCAAUUUGUCUACAUCAUCAUCGCAUUCACAGCAAUAAUCAGUGUCCUAUGUGAGAAGUAAUAAUUUUUCUAUUACAUGGUUCUAAUUAUAGCUGCAAGAUUCUUAUGUAAUGUUGCAAGACAAGUGUUUCUUUGUCUUGUUAAAUACAGAGGCAUCAUCCUUUACAAAGCAAAUAUCCUCUCAGUGUGCUUUUAACUUUGAUCACAAAGUUAUGUUUUACUGGACAACCUUUCUUCAUAAUCAUAUUGCACUCUAGAUCAUGUAAAAACCAAAUUAUGUGUAUCGAACAAAUUACUUUGAAAGAUCAAGUUACUUUGAAAGUUAAAGUGAUGUACAGUAUAUUACCAUAUAAGACAUUUAUGGUUUACACUCAUGUAAGACAAUGUAUUGUAUACAAGAGGUAUCUGUUGUGUGUAAUUUCGGUGUGAUGUAACUUGAUAAUAUGCUAUGGUAUGCUAGUACCCACCUGUCAUCUAUAGUAAGUAUAAUACACAGGAUAUCUAAAUCUGCAGAAUUGACAUUUUGGGCUAUGCAACAAUUAACCUCCAGUAUAUUAUGCCAUUCAACACACACACACACACACACACACACACACACAACUUUAAAUGGAAUGUAUGACUGUUGUACCUUUUUUAAUUGCUUGUAAGUAACAGACCAACCCAGGUUGAGGACUGAAAUCACACGCUGGACUGGAACUUGUGGUACAUUCAUAAAGUGAGAACUUGGGCAAUGGUUGAAUCCAUUGGAUAGUAAUGUGUUGUUGGACAUAAGUGCAUUACAAAGCAUGGCACAAUGGGGGAAUGGGAUGGGCACUUCCAACUUCCUGAACUUCAAACAGCUAAUCAUUUGGAGUACCCAGUCUCAACCAAUGUCAUUUACUUAAGGGUUGAAUUUUAUUAAGACUUUACUAGUUGUAUCAGGUCCAUGGUAAAUGGAUGGGGUACAUCAAACCUGCUGACAAAAACAUUUGCCCAAAUUGAAAUACCAGAUUCAGAUGUAUCAUCGGUGCUUUGACUGUUGUGUUUAGAAGGAAACUGUUAACACUAGUUAUAUGCUACAUUUUAUAUUGCCUGAAUACUUUAAUCUAAACAUCUAUCUACAACAUUCAGUAAUGGUUACAUUUUUGAAAUUUUUGAAAGUGUGAUGUUAUAAUGAUUUGCUUUACAAAGUUAGCUUUAUAAGAACCCUUCAGAAAAGUGUCUUCUAGCUACAAGUGCUGGCUGGGAACAUAUCACUGAUUGGGUCUGUGGGAAUCACACAAUGUUGCCUUUAUGUAGCACAAACACAAUACACAAUAUAAUCAAAUACCAAUAUGACAUCAAGGUGACAGUAAAAACACUCAAUAAAUCACUUGUGUAAAACCAA